GAACACUACGCGGCGGGAACCCACUCUCUUCGAAUUCCGAAAUCGUUUCCAAUGGAGGACAAGAUCGUUACAGCAGAGAAGACGGUGCUUGUCGAGAUGGUGCGGCUGGCCCAGAAGCGAGGUAUGAAAGGUCGUGAAGGAGACUGGAAGGAGUUUCUUAAAAGGCAUGACCCUAAGUUCGGGUCUAGCUUGAGCGACCCGUAUAAGAGGCCCAAUGAUUUGUUGAUUGCCUUUCUCAAGACCUUUAGUAAAGAGGAUGAUUUGAUGUUUUUGGAUAAAGUACUACAGUGUAACGAGAAACGCAAUUUUGUGAAGCAAGUAUCGCAGAAUGCUUCAGACAAUGAAUCACCUGAGCAGAGGCUGGUUCGGCUUACACUUGAACACCCACAAUACUCAUUGGAAUAUUCAUUCCCAUCUUUUAAUGAGGGAUGGAUUGUUACAAAAUUCAGUCAAAAGUCUGAAGCACUGAACUCAAAUUCAAUUUAUGCCAUUGAUUGUGAGAUGGUUCUCUGCGAAGAUGGAACUGAGAACUUGGUGAGGGUUUGCAUGGUGGAUCGUGACUUACAAGUGAAAAUUGAUGAACUUGUAAAACCUAGGAAAGCAAUUAACGACUACAGAACUGAUAUAACUGGAAUUUCUCCUGGGGAUUUAGAUGAUGUUACUUGUUCUUUGGUUGAUGUACAGAAAUCCAUUACAAAAUUGCUGUCAAGUGGGACUAUUUUGGUGGGCCACAGUCUGAACAAUGACCUACGAGCACUUCAAUUAGAUCAUGCGAGGGUGAUUGACACCUCUUACAUCUUCAAGUAUUUCAAUGGAUCAAUCUAUAGAAGGCCUUCUUUGAACAACCUGUGUAAGUCUGUCUUGGGCUAUGACCUUCGUCAGGAGGGUGCUCCACAUAAUUGUCUAGAUGAUGCUCGGGCUGCCAUGAAACUUGCUCUCGCAAAGCUAGAGAGCAAAGUUGAUGAUGUGAUUACCGAAGCUGAUGAGAAUACACCUCAAAUUGGUAUGGAGAAGUUGCUUCUUCAUAGAAUACCUGUUAAUGUAUCAAGUGAAGAAUUAGCUGGAGUUAUUAGUGGUGAUUUCACCAUUGAAGUCAAGCCGCCUAAGAAUGGUCAAGGGGGGGAUAUAUAUUCCGCAUUUGCCAUUUUUAAGAAUCCCAAAGAGGCAUAUGAAGCGUUCGAACAGAUUGAAGGUAGCCAAAAUGAGGAUUCAUCUGGACGGCCACAGAAGCUCAUUAGAUUUCAACGUUCAGGGACCAUUGUUAGUAUCUAUGUUCGCAAAAUGGGACGAAAGGAUUUUGCUGACAAAUUAUCGUCUAGAAAAAGAGAUAUGGAAGUGAUUGAAAACCUAGUCAUGUCCAAAAAACAGAAGACUGAUCAGAACAUUGGGAUGGAUACGAUUUCAAACUCAAGUAGAAGUUUCGAUCAUGUUGAGGAGGUUGAAAUGUUGAAUCUAGAAUUGAAACAGGACUCGAGUCCGUGUUGUGAUCACUUGAAUGAGGUUGAGAGACUGAAGGAAGAAUUGAGAAGGAAGGAUUAUGAACUUAGUAAUCUGCGUAAAGCGAUCACCGCUCUGAAGAAGAAAAACGAAAAGAAAAAAGGAAAAAAGAAGUAAAUUUUGCUUAGAAUCCACUCCCCUCGCCAGCUAUAGUCUUGGUUCUGCCUGUACUCUUCUUCUGGUUUUUAUCUCCAUGAUCCUGGUGCCUCUUUUGUGAAUUACAGUGAAAUUUAUGGGAUCAACACAGACAAGCUGCAUCCUUUUACUAAAUAGAUUCAUUGGGACGAUUGACUACCCAGCUGCUAAACCAAUAUCCAGCCAUGGAGCGAAUAAUCGGAGAUAAUUUAUACAAAUACUCAGUUUUGGUGUUGUAGAUCGUUACAUUUUACUAAUCUCGUGGGGGCAAGAGGAAAAGAGCUUCGACUUCCCUGUGUUAUUACUUAAGAAUAGUUUCAUGUUGUUGUAGGUUUCCCUCAAGUGCCUCACUGGCCUAAGAGGUUAAUUUUGUUUUGUUUUGUUUCUUUCUUUUUGUGCGCUAAGAUUUUUUUUUCAACCUUUUUUUUAUUGAGUUAAAACUUUCUGGAUGUCUUGGUUGUCUGAUUCAUGCUAUAUAUAUACUUUUAUUGAGGAAA